AUGCCUAAUAGAUGUGUAGAUGGUGGUUGUUCUAAUGUUCCUGACCCUUCACAAAAUAUCGGUCUUCAUAAAUUUCCCGAAGAUAACGAUUUAGAGAAAAAAAGACAACGACUUUGGGUUGCAUUUGUGCGGACAAAAUGUGCAAAAUGGUCGCCAACAGCAAACUUCCGGCUCUGUUCACAGCACUUUCAAACCGAAGAUUUUCAAAGUCCAUUUGUGACUAUACCUGGAACGGAUUUCGUUAGUCGAUCAGUAUUACAAAAAGGUGCUGUUUCUUCGAUUCAUAAGACUCCUGAACCCAGCAAUUAUGACAAACAUGGCCAAAGCCAAGAUGGUGUUGAUCCGACUCAUCCAAGUUCAACGAAAAAGCAUCACCGUGUAAGUACAAUAUUCUUUAUUCACUCCGCUUUAUUCAUUCACAUGCUCUGUAUAGUCAACUCACAAACAUGCCCUUCUCGUUUAGAUUGGCUGUAAGAGAACUACUAAAAGAAAAUGUUGCCAAAACCAGUGAGGCCGAAGGCACAGCUAGUACAUCAAAAACAUCCACAACUGACUAGUUCAUGUUGGAGCCUGGCUUGGUUGAUCAUCAAACGGUGACAUCUAACAGCCUUUAUUCCAUCCAACAACCUUUAUCUCUAAGUUGAACUAUUCAAAUUUGCAAAUUUACCAUUAGAAAUGUUUGCUGAAAAUAUAUCACAAUUUUUUCAAUUAUUACUUUCUAGACUGAAGAGGCUUCCUGCCAAAACACCAGAGUGUUUAGGUUGUAAGAAAUUGAAAAGCCAAAACCACCAACUCUGCAAUAAGAUUAUUGAUCUUAAACUAAAACUCCAAGACAAGGAGGCUGCAAUACAAAAACAAAAAGGUGAGAAUACCUCAACAUCAAAAGCACAACAAUUUUCAUGGGUAGAAGCACAACAAUUAUCAUUGAACUAGACACAAAUAGUUCUAGGGGUGACGUUUUUCAGGGGGUGCAUUAUUCUAUCACUGAUGUGCACAGUCUUUCACAGUGUAAUGUUAUAUUAGUGCUCUAUACUAUAGUUAGCAUCUUCUACUACAGAGAGUAUAGAUGAGAGUAUGGCCAAAGUAGCUUCUAUGAAGGAGAAAUUAGAAGACAAAACCUUUGUAAGCAGUGAUGAAGAAAUGGACAUUGAAGAGGAGCCUGACUAUUCAGAAGUUUCUUCUCCUGAACCAAGCUUGGCUUCUGGUACUGAAUCUGCUCCAGAAGCAGAUUUGUCAGAAUCAGACUUGUCUUCCGAUGAUGAAGAACCACAAGUUUUAAAUGGCAGCACUCCUCCCUGGCUUGACAAGCAAAAUCAUCUGGCAUUAGACAGAGUUAAAAAACAAAGUAGGGCACAUCAGUGUAUACAUACAUCAAGGCUUUCCAUCAGGACAUUAAAGUUUUUAAAAUUUUCUAUGGGCAGUUCCUGCAGUAAAGAUCAGUAAAUUGUGCACAUAAUAAAAUGUUAACAUAUUAAUAAAAUGUCAAGUAGGUAGAAGGAGUAUCUGUUAUGGGAAUGUAAAAGCAUCUAACAUGGUUCCAUAUUUCCCACACCCUUAGGAUAAGAAGGAAAAAAUUUAUGUCCUGCUUGAUGUCUGUCACAUGUUAAAGUUGGUGCGGAAUACACUGGAGAAGGAGGGAUAUUAGUAACAAAUUGAAGAUGGCUCACAUCAAGUGGAAGCAGUAAAAGAUGAAGGUCAACUUGGCUGCACAAGCUUUUAGUUCAAGUGUCGCUGAUGCUAUUGAGUACUGUGCCAACGAAUUGGAACUCCCACAAUUUCAAAGUAGUGAAGCAACAGUGAAGUUUUUAUGCAUUUUGACCGCCUGUUUGACAUCCUUAAUUCCAGGAAUCCACUUGCAAAAGGUUACAAGUCACCACUUCCAGGGUUUUUUCAGGGACUUUUUAGUACUGUUAAACGGCCCCAAAAACUCAAUCUUCAAUUGAGUUUUGAAACUCAAUCUUCUCACCAAAACGGUUCAGCGCAGUUAAAAUGAAGUUGUUUGAGUUAAAUUGGUCACAGAUGGAUAUUAUUUUUCAGUUGGAAACCCAAGAAUUAAGAAAAAAAUGGCUGGAAAUAAUUUCACAACACAAGGAAAACUACCCAUUCACCAUCUUUAAUCAGUUUAUAGUGUCCCUUAGCGUCCCUGCUGUAUUGCAUUGCGUCUGAUCCAUUGUUAACAAGAUUUAUCCAGAGUGAUCCUGAAUAAACGCUUUUUCUGCUUAUGAUCCUUCUGGGAUCAUAUAACACGACGUAUUACCUAAAUGAUUACAAAAACCGCGGUCGCAUGGUGUGCACAUGUCAUUCGAUGCUUUUUUUUUAAAGGACGACAAAUACAUUUUGUUUCAAGUAAGUGAAUAGCGAUAGUUUAUGAAAUAUAUUAAUAGUUUUAAAUUAAAAACAUAAUUUUUUCAAGUAGUUUUUUUCGUUCGAAUGUUUGAUCUUAUAAGUUAUUCACUGGAAGUUUCAGGCCACUAGUUGGGCAACUAAUUAAACACCUGGACAUGGUGUAGACUAGACAAUAGAAAACGUUUUAUGUUUGAGGCAAUGGGGAAAUCAAAGCAAGCUGAAAAAUCGCACAAUUAUCCAUCAGAAAAAAAGAGGUACUCAACAAGUCGAGCCGGCGUUGGGGGAAGAAGAAAAAAAAAAGAAACGUGUCAAGCCAAAAAGCAGACUUAUUUUGAUUUACUUAAAAAGAAACAGAAUGAAGGUUUACAGUAUUUUUUCUUUUGGUUCAGUUUAUUAUUUGCAUGACCCGCCCAUGAGUGAAGAUUUUUGUGAAGUAAACUUACUAUAGCUAUAGUAUUGUUAGCAAAAUGAAUGAAUUUAUAACUAAUUUCUCUUAUUACUUAGCGAAGAAUAAUGAAAUUUUGAAUGAUAAUAGUGUAACACCACUCCCACAAAGUAGCUGUUGUAAGUCUCAGACAGUAUUGUAGUUUUCACGCAAUGUCAAUAAUGACAGACUCUUUACAUUGUUUUUUAAUUAGUUUUCAAUCAAUAUUUAUUUUUAUCAGUGUUUUUCAUCAAAUUUGAUGAGAAAACAGACGUGAGUUUAGUUGAGUGGUUUCGGUUUUGGCCUUGUCAGUAAUUGACAUGCACAAAAUGUUAUAAGAAUUUUUUUUUAAUGCGCGGUUUUCCUUCAGCAACAAUUGAAGAAGGUAGCUGUGCCGAGCAAGUUAACGUUAAUACAUCCAAAGGUGAAUCUGGAAGUGUUUUACUUCAACGUACGUUACGGUUUGUUUUAGUUAGCUUAUUUGCAUGAUAACAAAAACGAACAACUGACAACAUAUUAUAUUAUUGGAAAUAAAAUUAAUGUUUUUAAAAGUUCAUCGGGUUUAUUGCAAAUUUUGCAAUCGAAAAUACUAUGAGUGACAAUGAGACUCAGGGGGAAAUAACUGGCGAGUCUGGAUUUGAUAAAGACAAAAAAAGUGAAGAAUCUAAUGAAUCGUCCGAAUGUAAGAUGUUUGAAUACUGUCUAUGAAACUAUGUUCAGUUUGAGGACUUCCAAAAGAAAGACACUGUUGCUCUUUCUUUACCUUACAGCUUCCAAUUCCGAAUGCAGUUCUGAAAAUGAUUCCUCUAGUUCUGAAUGUGAUUCUGAUGACGUGGCUAAUGUUGAUAUGAACAAGUCCGACUCAGGGUAUUAAAACUUACUUAGAAACUUGCCUUGGCAGCACGGGAAAGAUUAGGAAAUAAAUUGUCAAAAUAAAACAUUGCUUUAUUUAGGAUAAUUGAUGGACGAAUUACAAUACCCGAUUAUAGAAAGUUCUCUUUGGAAAAAUAUGUGAAGGAGUUUCCAUGGUUAUACUAUAAUGUCACCGAGGAAGGUUAUAAAUGCAACGUAUGCGAGAUGUUCCCACCACCACAGAUUCCCGGAAGCUCUAAAUACUCUUUUGGAAAGCGAGCUGUGAAGUCUUUGACAGAUCACCCGAGAAGAUACCUUACGAAGCACCAAAUGUCGAAAAUGAAACAUUUAAAAGCUGUGGCACAGUAUGAAGGUAACAUGCAUAAUAUCGCCAAUCCAUGGCCUGUCCUGUACCCAUGAAGUCAGACACGGUUUAACAGUUUUUCAAAUUUAAUCCUAGAUUACAAAUCCCAAUAUACACUUCAGGCUCUUCACGAUAAGCAAGAAAAGAAAGCCGUCCAAUGCAGUGAGAUUACUAAAGCGGCCAUAGUCAAGAUACUGAAAACAAUAAUUUUUAUGGUAAAAAAACAUUGGGCGCAUACUUCGAAUUUCGAAGACUUUGUGAGGUUUAUUGGAGAAGAACUGGAGGAGAAAAUUUUAGCAGAGUACUUAAAGCUUGUAGAAGAUCACAAAAAUGCAACAUAUCUCUCGCCUAACACUGCAGCAUUAUUUGUGAAAGAAAUAGGGAGUUAUAUGAAAGAGGAAACGAUUACAGACAUGAAAAUAGAAGAAGACUUUACGCUUCUCCUUGAUGAAGCCACAGAUGAGAACAAUCGAUCCAAACUUUCCUUAAUUGCUCGUGUUGUAGAGAGUGGUGAAAUUAAGAACAAAUUUCUAGCCCUUCUUUACCUGUCUAGAUGUGAUGCGGAGUCCAUUUUCACGAAAAUUACGGAUUACAUGACCAAUGAAGGCUUGGACAUAGCGAAAACAAAAUUCUCUGGUAUGGAUGGAUGUUCUGUAAUGUCAAGUACAUAUAAUGAAUGACGUCAAAGCAUAUUUUGAAAGAAGUUCCAGCCACUUAGUGUAUAUUCACUGCAGAAACCAUAGACUGGCACUAUGUUUUGCCCAUCUCAUCCUACAAUAUAUAGAUUUUACCAAGUUUGACAGUUUGUUACUCAAUUUAUUCUUGUUGCUUAACUCAUUCUCAUCCGGUUGAAAAGUAGCCAUUUCGAGUAGUGUUGUUUCAAACGCUUAUAUCUCUCAAACUAUACAUCGCACGGAAACAGAAAUUGCAUCGUUCGAAAGAGGAGGACUUCUGCUUUCCAACGAUACCAAUUUCAAUUCCAUGCGGAGCUUGGUUAACGAUUUACUCGCAUAAAUUUGCAUAAAUUAUGAUAUAAAAAAAUGUUGCAAUUAUGCAUAAAUGUAUUUAGCGGUUCAAAUUUCAAAUAUGUCAAAAAAUUUUAUGAGUAUGACUGAAAGACACGGUUAUGAUCUACAACUACCCGAAGUUUCAUGCAUGUAGCAUAAAUAGAAAUAUUUUUAUUGAAUUUUUAUAUAAACUAGGUAGUGGAGUAAAAUUUACAUUUUGUGCUCACAUGAAACAAAUACCUUUAUCAAAGGUCCUUUUUUAUUGCUGCAACAUGUUAUCAAUACAAAUUUCCAAUAUUUCUUACUCUCCAAAGAUAUUAUGGCACCAAAAUAAGUCUGUGAUACCCACAAAAGAACACUCAAAUCAUGAUUAGCAAAAUGUCUUUAUUUCUACAAUUACUACAUACAUUCUUAGAUAAUCAUUACACCAUUGACUUUAGUUAUUAGUGGCACAGCCAGCCUCAAGAUUUGGUCAUGCUAUUCAAAUUUGAAAUAAUCACUACUCAUUUGUUUAGAAAUUGAUUGUUUUCACAAUCUAGAACAUGAAAAUAUUUGCAAAUAGCAUGACCAAGUGUUGUUGGGCUGGCAUCAUCAUAAUUAGUAGUUAUAAAAAAGUGAUGUUUUCCAAUGCAGUAAUGUUUGCUAAAGCAGUAAUGUUUGCCAAAGCACAUAAUUGGAUUAUGUGGUGAAAAUAUUUCCUUUGUAUUGUACUACAAAAGACCUAAGACUGUAACCAAACUGGUAUCAGAUCACCACGUCAUACCCAAAUCUGUUGCGAUGAAUAUCUGGACUUCUUCCUGUAUAAAUUUCAAAGUCGCAAUAUAACCAUUAGGAUUGUCUGCAGCAACCCACAGAUUUAUUCCCCACAUAGUAGGUCAUCUAGCUUUCAUGAACUGCCUAACCCCCAACCUAUUUCUUGAUUUGACAGUGUGUUUGUCUGCAACAACAAUAUUCUGUGACGGCUGGUACAGUUGUUGAUGCAGUUUAUUGCUGUAGUCUUUAGUACAGGAUCUACCAUAUUCACAAACGCCAUAAGCGCUUUGUACCUAACCCGAGAAAUUAUGUCUAUUGCCCACAGACCAUGAUAUAAGGUUUUUACACUCCAAUAAUUUUCAAUCUCACUGUAGACCUUGAGCAAACCUGCAUAUUAUACUAAAAGGCAAUCAACCUCUCAAGGUUGGUGGACUGCAAGACCCUUUUUUAUUAGUAUAUGGGGAUAACUUUUGAGUUAUUUGUAUGUGGGCAUAUGUAUUGGUAUGGCCAGGAAACUACCUCCUGAAGCAUUCCCUUAGUAAAAAAGAGUCGAAUGAACUCAAGCUCACAGUUCAUUGAGCCAAAUGAACUCAAGCUCACAGUUGAUCGAAAUGGAUCCCGGACAUGUCAGUGAGGAGCAAAAUCUGGGAGAACAUUCCUGGCGUCAGGAUCAUCAUAUCCGUCAUGUACUAUGGGGCCUAGUGGGGAUGCUAGACAGGGAGCUUUCGAAACCUUAGGUCCUAAUGGCUGGGCUUCCCUCUACCUCUACUCAUCCCCCUACCUUCCCUUUGGGUUGGUGAGUGGGGUUCUCAUGACUCAUCAGAACUCUACUUCCCUGAGGCUAUGAAACAGGAACAGCAGAUAGGAACAGCAGAUAGGAACAGGAUAAAUAUAUUCAUCAGUGCGAAUAAAAACUUUUAUAGACAUGGUGCCACUUAAAAUUAUAAUAAGAGCCAACUAGUAAGAUAUAAGUAUGAAUACUUGGCUAUUAUGUAUGUAACAAACAACCAAACAUGUGCUCAAGGCUCAUUUUACUUCGCCUAGGAAUCAGAGAUUUUUAUGCCUAAAACACCAUAAAUUUUCAUCAACAAUAUAAAUAAAUACCAUUUAUAUUUGUCAAUUUCAGUAUGAAACGAUUAUUUCAACACAAAAAAGCGAUAUGAGGACAUACUUGGUCGUACUAGUGAAGCCAUACUAAAUACAAAUAAAUUUACAACGCCAUGGCAACGGCAAAACAUUGAAAUAGAAAUUGUCUAGAAAUGAUACAAAUACUUGCCUUGAAACUCCAGACACGACUCCCAAUGCCAGGUUGAGAUACUUGUCUUCAUACGAAGACAUUCCAUCAUUACUAGCACUAUCAGUUUGCAAAAUAAAGCCAAAAACGUCUUCAGAAUGCGAUUCAAGCAAAACUACAACACAAUACAUUUCAACGCUCGUGCGUUCCUGUGCGCGAUAAUCAGGAAAAUUGCUCUAAAAGAUUUGUUUUUCUGCCUAAGCCAAUCAAAAUCCGUAUCUAGGGUAAACAAACACUCCGGAAGUGAUUCCUGCAGUCUUUUACCAGGAAACUGUAAUGCUUUACCAAGAAUUUGGCGUCCGAAGUUGGCCGAACACUUUCCGAUCACGAGAAUUGCCAUAAUAGGCUUAGAUUAUUUUGCAAUUUCCCGAGACUGCUCCGAGCUAUAGAAUGGAAGAUGGCGAUUCUUUUGGUAUAUUUGUUAUUAUUAUACGUUGAAAAGAAGCAAAAAGACGAGCAUUUGAAUCAGGCGGGACAUUCAAAAUGCAACAGCAAAAUUGAUGAUGUGUCAUUUGCAUAAAUUUCACCGCAUUGAUCAUUUCAAGGUAAGAAAUUCCCUUGAAAUUGAGCGAGAAACAAUAAAAUUAUAUGAAUAUUUCUGAAUAUAUAGUAUCGAUCAAGCGGAAUUUUUUGGUGGUAUUUUCGUAUGUCUACUGCAAAUACUCGCGAAGUUCUUUAAUAUUUAAUCUUCCCGUCAUAUACGUCGGAAAUUAAUAUUGGCGGAUCGAAUUGAGUUAAGCAUAGCAAUGUCAAAUCGGCAAUAUUUGAAGAAGUGCAACAAGCUUACAGCAUGAAAUCGCUAAAACUUAUCAAAGCCGUAGUGACGUGAUGGCUAAGUCAUGGGAAAGCUGCAGAACACGUAUUGGAACGCUUUGAGCCGUUGAUCGCAGCAUUGGAAGCUAUUUAUAUAAGAAAGCAGGAACCAGCUGUGAGGUAAUAAGUUUGUCGAUAUUCAAUAACCCUUUAAUUCAAUCAUGUACGAAGUUCAAGUUACCAGCAAAGUUUGAGAUUAAAAUAACAUUCAGGCUGGCUUAGUUAUUUACUUGGUCUUAAAUCUUCCAUUGCUUCUUGAACUUUUGAAAAACAUUUGAAAACUUAAGUAAAGAUUUAGCCAUAAUUUUAAAUUAAUCUAUGACUAACUUCGCCGCGGUCUUAUAUAGUACUUUUUGCCUCAUAGUGAUACAUUUAUCUUUUAGGGGUCUCAGGGAUGAUUUAAUCGAUCCACAAAUGAUAGCAACCACGUGCUUUCUCGCUGACAUUAUAAAGUGCACAAACGCGCUGCAAACCGUUAUGCAGACUGCGCGUCUUAACUGGUAUGACAUACCUAGAGAAAUUCGGAAAUUAAUGGAAACACUGACACGAAAAAGUGAUGAUCCAACCUUACCACCCAGCUCCUAUUUUGCCCGUCUAGUUACGUUCUUAGAUGUCGCCUCUCAAUCAGCUGGUGCACGGUAUAAAACAAGGCAAUAUGCUGAAUUUGACACAGAAAACUUUAAGGUCAAGUUCAUUCAGCCGGUAAUUCGUGACUUGACAUUAGAGAUCAACAACGCAUUUGAUGUUCCGGAACAUCUGGAAGGAUUUUCCAUUUUUGAUCCAGGAAAUUUACCUGAAAAUUCAAGUGAAUUGGCAGCUUAUGGCACUGAUGAGUUAGCAGCUCUUGCAAACUUCUAUGGCACACCACAUAUCUCCACUGACGGGAGAAGUUUUCCACCACUUGUUGAUAGUAUUGCUCUACAAGAGCAAUUUAAAACAUUUAACGAAUUCGCGUUCAAGACGAAGUUAAAGUGGGAAUCAAAAUUUGCUGUUGAAUGUGAAGGAGCAAGAGCUUUUGAGAGAAACCGAGAUACUCAAGCAACAAAUGCCUAUUUUGAGUAAGAACAAAAUUGCCAAAAAGAAACAAAGAAUUUCCAAAUUAGAGAAGGAUGUGAAAGAUUUGCAGAAUAAUCAAAUUUUCACUUCCGAAACGUUGUUAAAAGUUUGGAUGAAUGAUGAAGCAGCUGAAAGACACCCUGAAAUAACGAGAUUGAUGACGGAGGCGCUGAUACCGUCCAUCAACCGCCGAGGUCGAACGUUCAUUUUCUUUAAUAGAGAGUUUUAGCUUGACGUUUAGGGCAAACGUCAAACCGCUAACGAAGUUUUUGAUUUUACAAGUCUAUUAUAACAAGUUCUUUGUAUGUUUGCAUGGUGAUAAAAUAUAAUAGGUUUUGUUUGUGGAAACACCACGUAAAUUUAUUACUGCAGCACUGAUGAAGAUCCGGGCUUACGGAUCGAAAGCUUUGCAGUAAUAAAUUUACGUGGUGUUUCCACAAACAAAACCUAUUCUAUUAUAACAGCUUAUAACAGGUUAUAUCAUCUUGGCAAAGAAGCUACACAAGAUGCCUGUGGAAACAUAAUACGAAAGAAAUUAAACAAACUUGUUCUCUUUAACAAUCAAUAACAAUUAACAUUUACAACACAUCGUAUUGAGUCAUUGUUAAUUUGGAUUUAAAACUAUUUGAUUAUCACUUGUCUUCCUACUUUAAAACAUAUAAAACGUCUCGACAAGUCAAAAUUGACAUUAAACUGUUCCUUAAUUAAUUCUAUAUAUAAUUAUAAAAGCAAUAUUUUAAAACUAACCUCAGCACGCUUUUGUUCACAAUCUAGCUGCUUCAUUUCUUCAAAUUUCAUGAGAAUAUUCGUCCAGUAACAGUAAUUCUUGUAUAUUUUUAGUUUAUUUUGUAUGAAAGUCGCAAAACAAGCUUGUGUUGAUAAACAAAGUCCGAGGCUCUCAACUACUUCAAAGUUGUAAAUCCCGUUUUGCGGCGUUAUAAAGCCAUAAUACUCCAAAUUUUUUGCUCAAAAUUCUUCUUGUAUGCUUCUAUCUUUGUGAUUGUAAAAUUGGCCCGGUUGGAAACGUAGCAAAGGUAAAAAACGCGAAAAACUACCGUCUGUAAUACAAAUCUAUACCAAAGUGGGGCCCCAGAAUCGGGUGGCGGCCGGUGACUUCCGGCUUCACUUUUGUGUAUACUAUAGAUGCGUUAUCCAGUCUUAGUUCAGAUCAGUGGUGGGAUUAUGUUUGACUCUCUCUUGUUUCAAAUGUUCCCUUAAAAUCUCAAUAGGAUUUAGGUCUGGGGGUUCAGGAGGAAAUCCGUAACAACCAGUUCACCCUUCUCUUGCUCCCUAAUUAUUAAAUUUUUUUUACAAAACAAAAAUAUCACUCCAUCCUUCAAAAACUCAUUAAUAAUUCAUGAAGCAAUAAUCCAAUCUUGAGUAAGAAAUUAGUCACAUGCAUACGUCUUUAUACCAGCUAAAGAACACUUUAUUAUGCAAUAAUACAAAAGACGAUUGUUAUGCAAACUAUAUAAAGAUUUUUAUAUAAAGAUUUUUCAUAUUCAGAUUUUAUUUGUUAUGCAAACGUUUUUGAAGCCAUUUAAAAAACUCGCAGGUCGUGUUUUAUUAGGUCUAAACCCACUCGCGCUGCACGCUCAUGGUUUUAAACCUAAUAAAUACUCCUGCUCAUUUUUUUAAAUAGUACUUCAAAGACAAGCCCUACCUUCUAGCUUAAGGUUGUGUGAAAGGGAAUGUGUGUUGUAACAGGAUAUUAAUGAUCUGAAACACACUUCUCACGUGUGUGAAAAAUUAUUUAAGAAGGAAACAAGAGAAAGGCAAUCUGGUUGUUAUGGAUUUUCCACCUCAAUCUCAGGAUCUAAAUCCUAUUGAGAAUUUAUGGAAUCAAUUGAAAUGAGAGAAAGUGAAACAUGAUCCCACAAGUACAGUAAAGGAGGUCACAGUCGUCACACAAAGUAUUAAAAUAAUGUUCACUUGGCUAAUAUAGUAUAAUCAAUUACAACGUUGAUGUAAAUCCUAAUUCAAUGCACAUAUAGUGGUGUUUUGUGUAAAAAUACAUUGUCCCUGAGCCAACGGCGUGAAGCGUCGUGCAAGAGUACUAAUCCCCCCUGGCUAUUUACACCCGGGGAAACAAAAGCAUUAGUGGAGUCUAAAGUUCAUCAAUAAUCGCGGGUGUGGGUGACCAACGAUGGGUGGUCAUCCUCACUGAUCUCAAAAAUAUGGCGGACUGUCAUGAAUAGCGGACACUGAUUGGUCCAAUUUAAAGUUUGCAUUAUAACGACUGCAAUACUGCAUGACAACAGCGAAAUAGCAAACAUUUCUUGAUUUGAAGAUUGACAAAUUUCUUGCAAAUAUAUUUCAUUUUUGCUUGCAUUUUUGCAAGAUUUUGUAAAUUUCAAAAGCCUUCUCAGAAAGAAAGGGUGAAAGAAUCGGCCAAAAAAAGGGUGCCGACGUUAACAAAGGUAAGUUUGUUUUAAAUAUUGAUUUUAUAGUAGCUCUAAAACCCGACGGUAUAUGAAACAACUACACAAGAUAUGAUUUCAGAUAUGAAACAACUACACAAGACAGCAUAUAAUUUCAGUGUAUCUUUAAUAUUGAUUCCCUUUUUUAUUAUAUAGAAUUUUUUAAAGCCCAAUUUUUUUAAUGCCCAGAGAGUGGGCUCACAAUAACAAUCAGUUUGUUUUGAAAAUAUACAGUGCAGCUUAUUGCGCGUGCACAUAAUUACCUGUAUUUCCAAAUAUUUUGCUCUUGGCGUCUCAAGAUGGCAGAAAAUGCUGAAAGCGGGAAAAAAAAACAACCAAAGUUGAAACGAAACUAUCACUCUUUACGAGACGCUACAAGAAUCUCACUUUUGAAAAUUUCGAGAGGUGGAGGUCUUUAUUGUGGGCUACAGGAUUGUCAAAAGACAAAAAUCUUGCGAAGCACCUUAUGGAUUUUUACGACAUGUGAGUGCAUAAAUUCAUAUAUUUCGGAAAUAAUCAUAUAUACAUAUAUACAUAUAUACAUAUAUACAUAUAUACAUAUAUACAUAUAUACAUAUAUAUAUAUAUAUGUAUAUAUGUAUAUAUGUAUAUAUAUAUGUAUAUAUGUAUAUAUAUAUGUAUAUAUGUAUAUAUUUGAAAUUAUAUACAUAUAAUUAUAUACGACUAUAUUUGAAAUUGUUGAAGUCACUUCAUGGUGAAACCUGCAAACAUCCUGGAUGUUGGAGUACAAUGUUGGAGUAAAACGUUGGAGUACAAGACAACAUAUAUUGGCACUUGUCUUGUUGUCUCAUGGGGAUGCAAUGCAAUUCACUUUGGUGGACGGUGGACAUCACAACCAACAGUCCAUAAAUUAAGAGCAGGCAAUCUUCUUCUUGCAUCUUCUUUAUUGUUAUCUGGUAACUCUUAUACCAAGAUAGGCCUGAUGUUCAAGUUCAUGAACUUGCAGUAUAUUUGCCAAAGUUUAUUUUACCAAUAUCAGAGACUAUACAUUGCCCCAGCUGUCAAUAAAACAUGGAAAACACUUCAGACGAGUUUAUGGAAUACCAGAAAAGGAAAUGAUAUUAUUAUUGGAGGUGAUGGGCAAAAUGACUCUCCUGGUCAUUCGGCCCAAUCCUGUACCUACAGUUUUGUUGAUGCUGAUACCAAGGAGAUUUUGCAGGUCAAAGUCGUUGAUGUAAGAGAAGCCAAUGGCAAAAUUGUCACCAAUGUCACCUAGAAAUAGCUGCUUUAAUGAGUAAGUUGUGUUUUCAUUAUAUAGUAUUAAUCAGGUAAUGCCAAGUCCAUUAUGUGCAUUAAUUCUGCUCAUAACAAAGGAUGACCCACAUAUAUAAAUAUUGCCCAAAUUAAUUUCGCAUCUUUCAAACUUUUUUUUUAAGUCAUUCAUUUUAACCCUUUAAUUGGCAAUGCAUCCUACUUUAUAAUUUUAAUAUGUCUAAUGCCAGACAAUUUUACUCAUCAAGGAGAGAGUGCUGCCACUCGAUGGGUUAAAUCAUAGUUAAUGGAGCGAGAUGGUUUGGAAGCUUCCCUUAUUUUGCGAUGACAUAAUUAUUAUGUUAACCGAUUAAAUUCUAAGGUCAUGUGACGACGAACAACUACAAUCGAAAAAGCGCCAAAAUAUGAUAAUAUAAUAUCGUAGUAAUUUUGAUACACAAAUGCCCAAUUGCGCUUUUUACAAUUGUUUUCACAGUAGGCGGUACAAAAAUGUGAGUUUGUUUCAAAUUCCAGUUCCUCGUAAUUUAGACAGCGAAUUUACUUUUCAUCGUAAGGAAGAAGCAUGAAACGGUUGGAUUAACGCGAUAUUACGAACGAGACAGUUGGAUGCGAACUUGAAGACACAGAUGGAAAACAACAACAUACAUAUUUGUGAGAGUCAUUUUAAAGAGGAGUACAUUGAAAACUUUUCCAAAAGGAAGUCCCUCCAAACUGGUUCAAUUCCAACAGAAAAUCUGCUCGUCAAAAGCUUCGAUCAUCUUAGCACAAGCUUCACUAGUGCGCCAAGAAAAGAACCAGCUCCAAGGCAUGUUUCUCAAGAAACUACAAUUAUAUAUACCUCCCUUGAUAAGUUCGAUGCAUAUUUGAAAAAAAACUGGAAGGUACCCAUAUUUUCAAGGUUCAAAUUGGUUCAAAGAAGGAAAUAACACUGUUAUUGAGUUUAAAGAAAGUGAGUACUUGAUUGCAAAGUUUUCUGUACGUGUCAAAUCUACUCUUAAUUAUACUGUUCUUGUUUAUGGCUGGGCAUUGCCCAAUGAUCAUCCCAUAUACGUUUCAAACGAGCGUUCUUUGCAGUGCUGUAAUUUUAAGACACUUUGUAACGAAAUUGUAUCUCUGGGUAUUUGCAAAGGAACUCUAUUUUCCCUGAAGUCAAGCAAAUCAGUGAAAACACAACUUGUUCCCCUGUUACCAAAUGACUCUUCUCCACAAUAUCGUACAGUUGAAUACUGUCGUGCGCUUUCAUGUCGUGUUCUGGUUUCAUCCAUACUAAGUGACAGUAAACAAUUGCAAUGCGAAUCGUGCAGUCAAGAAUCAAACAGCAAUGUAGGUAACUUCAAUGUGGUUUCUGUUAAGUGUAAAACACCACUGUCAUGCCUUUCCAAAGAACAACUAAUUGCAACUGUAAAAGACACAAGGGUGAAUUUGAAAGAAGCCAAGCUGAAGUGUGCACAACUCGAAAGGAGAGUACAACGAAUGGAGAAUGAGAUCAAACAUCAUGGUAUUAGAAUAGAAACUGGUUUGGAGAAAGAACUUACAAGUAUCAUCACUAACACAUCAUUAGAAGCAACUCCACACAUGAAACUUGUAUGGGAGCAACAGAAGAAAGCACUGAAUCAACAAUCAAACUUUGGUAACAGGUGGCAUCCACAUUUUAUACGGUUCUGUUUGUCUAUUAUUCAAAGUCGCCUAUUGUUUACCAAGAAUUGAGAGAUUCUGGAACAAUGCAGUUACCUAGUUCCAGAACUUUGAGAUCCUACAGAAACAACUUUAAACCAGGAGCAGGGUACUUGCCUGAGAACAUCAAGUCAUUGAUUUCCAGAGCAAAGGGUUUCCUGGAUAAAGACAGGUGGAUUGUUGUCAUGUUUGAUGAGAUGAAGAUUAAAUGUAAUUUAGUGUUUGAUAAACAUUCUGGACACCUGAUUGGAUUUGUGGAUCUCGGUGAUCCAGAUAUCAACUAUUCAACAUUUGAUAAAAUUGAACCAGCUACCCAUGUACUUGCUUUCUAUGUCAGGGGAAUAACCACUAAAUUGCAGUUUAUGCUUGGUUACUUUUUCACCUGA